AUGGCUGCCCCGGCGGAUAUCGAGCAGAUGAACAAGCUCAGAAAGAGCCUGGGCCUCCCCUUGUUGAGCGUAAGUGGACAACCUCCACAGUCAUCUGAAGGACCAACAUUCAAAGAAUCCCGAAGAAGAAGAGACGAGGACGCCGACAGCGACGACCAGUAUGAUGAUCCGGCAUCCACCCUCGAGACCCGCGAAGCCGCCGGGUACGAGAAUUGGAACCAAUUGCGCGAGGAGGAGAAGAGGCGCGCUCUCCGCGAGCAGCGGAAAAGGGAGAUCCAAAGACAACGGGACGCCGAGGCCAAGAAGAAGAAGCUCGAGGGUAAGGGCCUGGGAGAUGUCGAUGACGAGGGCGAUCUGGACACAAAGGCCUGGUUGAAGGGCCAGAAGAAACGGCAGUCCAAGAUCGAGCGGGAACGUGCCGAGCGACUAGCACGGGAACUGGCGGAACGUGAGAAAGAGGCAGCCGUCGAGUACACCUCCAAGGACCUUGCUGGAGUGCAGGUCGCGCAUGAAAUCGGUGAUUUCGACGAAGGCAUUGGAGAGCAGAUCUUGACGCUGAAGGAUACGGAGAUCGGCAAAGGGGAUGACAGUGAGCAGGAAGACGUGCUGGAGAAUGCAGAUAUUGUGGCGAGAGACAAAGUCCAAGAGAAAUUAAAACUCAAGAAACGGAAGGCCUACGAUGUCAAUGACGACUCUGAAAAGGGACUUUUGGCACAGUACGAUGAUAAGAAGCGGAAAGCGUUCACGUUGGAUGGCCAGGGCGCUACUAUUGAAGAACGCGAGGCCAAACGCCAACAAAUCGGCGAAAAACUCAAGAAUACUGUCAGCCUGGACGUCCUCAAGGCCGAGCCGGUUUCGGACUACUUGGAGAUCAAGAUCAAGAAGCCCAAGAAGGAAAAGAAGAAGUCCAAACGCCAGAAACUGGUGGAUGAAGAUGAUGAUAUCUUCCCCAAACAGAACAGUGGCAAUGGCGAUUCCAUGGAGAUCGAUUUCAGAAGCACUGCUCCUGCUCCGACGAGGUCUCGAGCUGCAGAUGAUCAUUUUAACGAUGACGAAGAUCUUGCGAGUGCCCUUGCAAGAACCCGGGCCGCAGUACUGAAGAAGCAGAAACGAAAAGCCGAAGACAUUGUCAAGCUACUGAAACAAGAAGAGAACGGCGAAGCUGAGGCGGAUGGAGAGGCCGACGUUGGCCUUGUGCUCGAUGACACCACCGUCUUCCUUGACAACCUGUCUUCGCGGCCAAGGGACGAGCAGCCUGAACGCAGCGUGAAGAAGUCCAUCGAGAAGGUCGAGUCAGAGAGUCCCGCUCGGCAGGUGAAAGUGGAAGAUGAAGACCACCCGAUGGGCGAGGCUUAUAGUGGGAUUGAGAACGAGGAGGAGCUCCUCGAUCGAAUCAAGCGCGAACGUUCAACCGUGACGCCAGAAGUCCCGCACACAGGUCUCGAAGAGGAAAAGACCCUCGAUCAGGGCGUGGGAGCGGCUCUCAGUCUUCUCCGGCAACGUGGUAUUCUCAAAGAGAGCGAUGCGGGCGAGCGCAACUCUCUCUACAAAGAUCGGCAAAAAUUCAUCAUCGAGGCGCGUUUGCGCGAGCACGAGAAUGAGAUGAAAGCUCGAAUGCAGCGUGAGAGAGACCGCCAGUCGGGCAAGCUGACAGGCAUGUCUGUCAAAGAACGAGAAGAACAUGCACGCUGGCAAAACACUCAGCGAGAGCACCAAUCUUCCAUUCAAGCUGCAGCCGCCUUCAACCGAGAGUACAAGCCGGAUGUGCAGAUCAAGUACGUGGACGACGAUGGCAGGAUCAUGAAUCAGAAGGAAGCUUUCAAGCACCUGAGCCACCAGUUCCACGGGAAGGGUAGCGGGAAAAUGAAGACAGAGAAGCACCUCAAGAAGAUUGCCGAGGAGAAGAAACGCGAGGCGACCAGCAUUCUGGAUAGUAGCAAGGCUACAGGAAUGAUCAACGCUCAGGGCACGAUGGGCAAGAAGAACAAGGAGGCUGGCGUAAGGCUGGCGUGA